UUGCAGUGUGCGUGUCACUCGACGGAUGAGCUUCCUCAAGAAACCCGACAACUUCGCUCUGGAGAGCUGGUUGUUUGGGGAGGACAUUGAUACGAAGCGACCAUCUGCGCUGCAAGUGAGGUCGGCACCGACGUCUCGACCACAUUCACCAUCUCUGGGGUCGAAUGGCUCUGGUCCUGUCUUGAUGUUCAACCCCAAGCUUGUAGCUGCCGCCACAGACGCCGCCAACAAGAUUCAAGACACAUACAAGAAAAUGAGCACGAAAGCACUCAACUCGCAAUACCCCAUGCCAAUCAGCAAGCACUUCCGCAAAUACCUGAAGGCCAAGCAACAACAUUCGUUGGCUAAGACUGUUGAAGAGGACGAGUUGUUCUUGUCGCCGUCGUCCUACACGAGGCUACGCUCAUACACCCCUGCAUCACUGCCAGAAAUUGUAAAGGACCCCAAGAAGCUUCCGUACCUGCUUACGUUUCUGAGCGAUGCACAGACGAUGGAAGGCAAGACGAACUACCACCAGGUCCUGCUGUUCCUUCUAGAACUAGAGCAACAAAAGGCCGUCGGGGCACUUCCACCGCUUCUCAAGCUCUUCAACAAGUACUUUACGCGAGCUUCCGAAUUCUGCAUCUCCGAAACCCUCGAACUCACCAACGAGUUGGAACAGCUCGUGCUGGCCAACAUCCAGCAGCCCGACAUUGGUUGGCUCGGCUUCCGACCACUGCAAAAGCUCGCGUUCAAACGACUCGCGCGAGAAGAGUUGCCGCGCUUCAUAAAGAGCGACGCAUACUUGAAGAUGCUCAAGGAAGUGGAGCAAACUGCGGCGUUCGUCCCAAUGGAACGGUUUCUCACACAUCGCCGAGCUGCACACUAUUUUCUCCUCUUCCUCAUGCAACAGCGCCAGCAUUUCGAGUUGUACUUCUGGCUCCACGUCGAAUACGUUCUUCUGCCGUGUUCUUCAUCGCAGCCCUCGCUAUUCUGGUCUCUCACGGCCGACCUUGUAGCCAAAGCGGCGGUCGAUUCCACUGCGAUCCUGGACGGCACCAAGGCCACCCUUACUACAGCAGUCGCUUCGUCAAGUCGCCAGUCCCCCGAUGCCAUCACCACCGCGUUGGCAGCACUGAAAAAUGCUCAGAAGGAUAUUGUACGUCUCUUGUCGGCGUCGUGGUACGACAGAUUUGUCAAGAGCCGACUGUACGUGCUGGCCCUGCACGAUCGCAAGUCGAAGAAAGUUCUCGACAGCGAUUCAGAAGACGAAGCCGCGGCGCCAUCGUACUCCGAGUACGACACGGAUGUGUCGAUCCCAACCUCAUCUCUUGUCCACCACGAAGAAGAGAGCGAAGACGAUUCGGACGACGAUGCCAGUGACGAGAUCGGUGACGAAGACGAUGGGUCGUCGAACGAUAGCAAUUCCUGCCGCCGGCGCCGCAUGCUCCGCUCCGACAGACUCGACUUGGAGAGCAUCCUACGCAGCACAAACCUGCCCCCCGGCUUGCAAGUCCACUACCGACCCAACUACGUUGUCAGUGCCAACACAUUGUCCGACUAUUUGACCGGCGCCUCGACCUCCAACGGCGUCGAUUCCAUCGUGUUGUUCAAGACGAGCUUGGAACGGAGUAGCGGGCUCGAAGUGUCGUAUGUUCGGCGGGACAAGACGGCGGUGACGACACCAGAGGCCCAGCGCAAGAUCCAAGACUUGGCAAAGCGGAUCCAACCGUUUUUGGUCCCGCACGGCUUCCUGACGAGCGCCAAGGAAGCGAGUCAUGCCACGAUGCUGCCGUUCCUUGUCCUUCAAAACGGUCACGACGACCACUUGUAUGGCGUGAGCUACUUUACGUCGUGCAACUUGCCUCCUCCAAAGGGCGUUGCGACUGUGUCCGAUGAAUCCCCGUCUCCAUCUUCCCCCUCUGAGGAGAACCGAUAUGGCAUCCAUGGCAUUUGCCUCCUGUCAACGUAUCCGCUGCUGGAAACACUGCGGAAACUCAUGAUACAACAUGUUCGCCGCCAUCCAGGCGACGCAUGCGUGGUCCCGGACAACGCCCGGGAACUGUACGAAGCGCCUACGCCCAGCACCCCCACGACUCAUCAAGGGUCGCCCGGUACUCCCCUCGUUUUCACGUCACCCCCAACGCCGCAGCGACCGCGCCUCAUGACUGGCAUGUCGUUCCUCGACUUGCCCCCGCCCGCACGACUGGACUUUUCCCUGGACGAAUUGUUUCACCGCCUGAGUUCUGCCCUUGUUCUUGAAGUCGUUGCGAACGCCCUCCUCGAGCACAGUGUUAUCUUUGUCAGCAACAGCUACACUUCCCUCACGAUGUGCGCUGAAUCGGUCCGGUCGUUGCUGCAUCCGUUCACGUGGUGCCAUAUCUAUAUCCCGCUGCUUCCCAAGUCCCUGCUGUCGUACUUGCAUUGCCCGACGCCCAUCAUGGUUGGCGUUCACCAAAGCACGACAUCGAGAGACGACCUCCCCGUACCAUCGGACGCGUCGGCGACGAUUGUUGUCGACCUCGAUCGAGGGACUAUCGAGUACUUGGGGACGCGGCGUGUCGAGUGGGGCUCCAUGGGUCUGCAAGACUCUUGUCCCUCCAAGCACCAUAUCCGUAUUGUAGAUGCCUUCCACGAUGCCAAAUGUCGCCUGGAUGCUCUGUUGUCGUGGCGCCUAUGCGUGGAUGCAGUGGAUGACCAGGUGAUACCCGACAUGCAAGAUACAGGGAACCUCGACCAGCAACGAAGAAGCAUCUUCCAUGACCUGGUGUACUCGCUGCUGGACCACCACAACACGGCGUCGCUUGUCGUCGGCGACGCCCAUGACUCGGUCAUCAUGUUUGACGAGAUGAAGUUCACAGCGCUCCGACCUGCGCACGAAGCACCUUUCAUUGAGAGCCUAGUUCGGACCCAAAGUUUUUCAGAGAUCAUCAGCACCCAUCGCAUCGGCACGUCCUGCGAAGCGUAACCACCUUCAUAUCCAUCACGACGCGCAACGUGCUGUUUCGUUUCUUCGAUGCGCACUUUGUCAGAACAAUUUUGAAUUUCCAGAUAUUUUUCCAGA